AUGCUUGACGCGGUGGUGAACAUAAGAGACCUGUGGCCCCCUGCAGCAGCAGCAGCAGCAGAAGCAGCAGCAGCAGCAGAGUGGAAGCCCUGCGGCCGCCUUGCUGCUGCGCUGCAGCAAAAGCUGCUCGCAGCCGGACCUUUUGUGGAGCAGCUGCUGCGGGACCCCCAGGGCCACGAGGUGCGGCUGGUCCCCCCCUACACUCCCAAGCAGCAGCAGCAGCAGCAGCAACAGCAGCAGCAGCAGCAGCAGCAGAAGCAGAAGAGGCGACCUGGGUGCUACCGCUUCCUGCUGAAGCCCCCCGGGCUGCGCCCGCGGCAGAUAGGCAGGCCCUUCGACACAGCAGAAGAAGCUGAAAUUCGACUGUCUCUACACCGCUGGCAGGUGCAGGUUACAGCUGCGGCCAUCAGGGGAGCAGCAGCGCAGCCCCAACCCUCAGCAGCAGCAGCAGCAGCAACAGCAACAGCUGCAGCAACAGCAGCAGCAACAGCAGCAGCAGUAGCAGAUGAAGAAUCCCGCACCUUUAGAUUUGCUGUCGAGGUACCCCAGGGCGACGCAGCGCCGAAAUUCCUAAACUGCAAAUAUCAAUAUGAGCCUGAUGGAGAGGACGGCAGCAGCUGGAUCUGCAAAGAAGCAAAUUGCUUGUCGCUGCAGCACCUCGCGGACUGCUUCAGCGCUGUGCAGCAACCGCUGACGCAAGAAGAAGUGUUUCAGCUGUACGUACACCUCGGCCGCUCCGGACAUCCCCCCUGCGUGGUCAACUUCAUGCAGAGUUUGCUGCAGCAAGACAAGAUGGUGGACACUUUUGCUGCUGCAUGCAGCAGCAGCAGCACCUGCUGCAGCAGCAGCAGAAGCAGCAGCAGCAGCAGCAGCAGCGGCAGCAGCACGGCGUGGGUUGGCGCCUUCACCGCGUGGGACCAGUACACCAACAAGCGCUAUACGAAUGAGGCAAGCAAAUGCUUGCUGCUGCUGCUGCAGCAGCAGCAGCAGCUGCUGCUGCUGCUGCUGCUUGCUGCACCUUGUCGCUGCUGCCGGGCUGCUGCCGGGCAGCGAAGCUCUACGGCUAUAGCCGUUCUUGCCGCUCUGAAGUGCACCCUCAGGAACCAGCAGCAGCAGCAGCAGCAGCAGGAAAGCAGCAGCAGCAGCGGCAGGCUUCUGGGGCCCUGUGUCUUGCAAAAUGAUUCAGCAACAGAAAGGGCGCAGCCGCACCGCAAAUGGAGGGGCCUCGGAGCCUUUUUGCAGCAGCCUGCUGCUGGCAAACUAACUGCCGCAGCAGCAGCAGCAGCAGCAGCAGCAGGAGUGACAGGCGGUGCUGCAGCAGCAGCAGGCCAGAAACGGAGCCAAGGGCAGCCGAAUACACCUGCAAAGUACACUAAGGGCACGCAGCAAACACGCCAAGCUGCAGGAGCAGCAGCAGCAGCAGCAGCGGCAGCAGACGCAGCAACAGCAAGAGCAGCAGCAGCUGCUGCUGCUGCAGCAGCUUCCCCGCACGUUGUGCUUCUCGAUGACGGCCUGGAAGCCAUGACACCUAAGGGGGCGCCCCAUAAGUGGCAGCCCCCCAGCAGCAGCAACAGCAGCAGCAACAGCAGCAGCAACAGCAGCCACAACAGCGACAACAACGUGGCUUCUCUUCUGGAGUUCAUAGAGUGCAGCAGCAGCAGCUGCAGCCCCAUAUCGAAGCAGCAGCUGGCGAGGAGACAAAAGGAGAAGGAGACACAAAACCAAAGACAAAUGAGAACGACAGCAACGGCAUCAGCAGCAGCAGCAACAGCUGCUGCUGCUGCUGCUGCACCGCUGCAGCAGCAGAACAAGAACGGUGCUGGAGAGGGACUAGGCGCCUCGCAGAAGCGCAUGAGCUGGAGGAGCAGCAGCAACAGCACAUUGAACCCCAGCAGCACCGGCAGCAGCAGCAGGAAUGGCAGCAACAGCAGCAGCAGCAGCAGCAGCAUUGGCCGCAAAAAGAGUGGAAAGAUGCAAGCAAGUGGAGGGCAGACGGACCUAAGGAGUUUCUUCUCAGUACCCAAGAGCUAG